GCCGCACCUGCCCGUGGCUGCAGCCCCCAGUUCCAGCUGCCAGCGGGGCCGGGCCCUGCCCCCCCCGGGCUCCCAUCAGCCUGACACUCUCGCUCUGCCCCUCGUCCCCCCAGGCCGCACCUGCCCGUGGCUGCAGCCCCCAGUUCCAGCUGCCAGUGCCUCGGAUCAUCCUGUGGCUCAUGGUGGAGCUCGCCAUCAUCGGCUCCGACAUUUAUACAGAAAUCAUGAGGGAAAUGGAACUUCUCUUCCUCUUUCCUCAGCAAAUGCUGCAGUACCUGGAUCAGCAAGCCAGUAACGUACAUACUAAUACAGAACAGGAAAACUCAGAUUUCCUCACUGCUCCUUCUCUUUUGAUCCCGGAAUGUCUCUGUCCCUAUUUCCAGUCCCAAAGCAGAGAGCCCCGUUUCCCUCGAGGCCCAAGAUCCUCUUCUCAAGCACUUCAACCUCCCCGGGUGUGUUUUCAGUUUAAAGGAGUCUCAGCACAGCUGGGAAGGCAGAAAGUGAACCCACAGCAGGGCAGGAAUGGGGUGUCCCGUGGAUCCAGGUGUUCCUGUGCUCCCUUGUCCUGCUCACACACGCAGCUGCACCCCAAAAAAAAAGCCCUAAAAGGGGGUUUGGGGCUGUGGGUGGGCACUGACCCCACUCUUGCCUGCAGGAUCCCUCUCUGGGGGGGAGUGCUCAUCACCAUCGCCGACACCUUCGUGUUCCUCUUCCUGGACAAAUAUGGCUUGAGGAAGCUGGAGGCGUUUUUUGGGCUCCUCAUCACCAUCAUGGCCGUGACCUUCGGAUAUGAGUAUGUGACGGUGAAGCCCAACCAGCAGAAGCUGCUGCAGGGGCUGUUCAUCCCCUACUGCAAGGACUGUGGCACUCCCCAGCUGGAGCAGGCUGUGGGCAUCGUGGGCGCCGUCAUCAUGCCCCACAACAUGUACCUGCACUCGGCCCUGGUCAAGUCCCGCCAGGUGAACCGAGCAGACAAGAGGGAGGUGCGAGAAGCCAACAAAUAUUUCUUCAUCGAGUCCUGCAUCGCUCUCUUCGUCUCCUUCAUCAUCAACAUCUUCGUGGUGACCGUGUUCGCUGAGGCUUUCUUCAACAAGACCAACGCCGACGUGAACCAGGUCUGCGCCAACUCCAGCAGCCCCCACUCCUCGCUGUUCCCCAACAACAACGAGACUCUGGAGGUGGACAUCUACAAGGGGGGCGUGGUCCUGGGCUGCUACUUCGGCCCCGCCGCGCUCUACAUCUGGGCCAUCGGGAUCCUGGCGGCCGGGCAGAGCUCCACCAUGACGGGCACCUACUCGGGCCAGUUCGUCAUGGAGGGCUUCCUGAACCUGCGCUGGUCCCGCUUUGCCCGGGUGCUGCUCACUCGCUCCAUCGCCGUCACCCCCACUCUCUUCGUGGCCAUUUUCCAGGACGUGGAGCACCUGACAGGCAUGAACGACUUCCUCAACGUCCUCAUGAGCCUCCAGCUCCCGUUCGCGCUGAUCCCGGUGCUCACCUUCACCAGCCUGCCCAGCGUCAUGCACGACUUCGCCAACGGCCUGUUCUGGAAGGUGGCCGGGGGCCUCCUGAUCCUCCUCAUCUGCUGCAUCAACAUGUACUUCGUGGUGGCUUAUGUGAUGUCCCUGCACAACCUGGGGCUCUACAUUGGGGCUGCCGUGCUCAGCGUCAUCUACCUGUCCUUCGUGGCGUACCUGACGUGGCUGUGCCUCAUUGCCCUGGGCGCCUCCUUCCUGGCCUGCGGGAACACGACGUGGCUGUGCCUCAUUGCCCUGGGCGCCUCCUUCCUGGCCUGCGGGAACACGACGUGGCUGUGCCUCAUUGCCCUGGGCGCCUCCUUCCUGGCCUGCGGGAACACGGUAAGCGUCACCCGGACCCUGCACCCGGAGGAGUCGCCCUCCCACCCCCCCAAAUAA